AUGGCAGACAGCAGACGCGCUCGCUCGCCGCCUCCGAUGCCCAAUCCAAUGACUCGCUACACGGACAUGUCUCCUGUUUCCCCCUUCUUCCCGUCGACAUACAGCCCGCCAUCACCACCACUAUAUUUCCCGCCAUCAAAACCAUCUGUACUGGCCGUACUCCGAGCGCGGCGCUCGCUCUUAUGCACUCUUGCUGCUGCAGUGGUCGUCAUCGUCCUUAUUUCGAACUCUGCUGCGUACUACACUGGGCACUCUCUGUACCCCGCGUCACUUCACGGAUUCGAUGAGACGUCUAUUGCUGUCACAACAUCACAGAAACCUCCCAUCGACCGCUUGGCGGCUUUGCGAGGUGCUCCUACCAUGAAGUUCCGAGAUAACCUGCGAGCAGACACCAAGUACAUUCACUCAUGGCUUUCCGCGGGUUGGACGAACGAUGUCAUGACCUUCGCCAACCUCAUCUAUCUCGGCCUAAUCACAGACCGCGUGCCCAUCGUGCAUGUCUUCAACAAUGUCCACAACGCCGCUCCCCCCAUCCCAUUUAACUGGGUAUUCGACAUCGACCGCCUCAGCACUGACCUCCAACUACCGGUCAUAGAGUGGGACGAGGUCAAGAACUCCACGAGCACGGAACUGGAAGAACUGGGGUGCUGGAACGUCUGGGAGGCGGUGCAGUACAGGGAACAUCAUCCGCGCGAGGCGUGGGGCCAGACGUCCCAGAAGCAAAAGUUGGACUUAUCGUGGACGCAAGCGCCUGAGACCAUCAAGAUCAUUCCUGGCUACGAACAUGACCAAUGGGCUCGGAUAUGGGAUCUUGCGACCUUGACGUUCGAUUCCGGGCGGGAGAAGAGCCUUGCUGGCUCUGAGCCCAAGAUUACGGAGUCUCCGAUCAACCAUCACAAGUCCCUCCCUGACGAUCAUAUGGCCUGCUUCGACUAUCUCUACUACACAUCUGCCACGGUUUCGGAGGAGUUCUGGCACACAUACAGUCCCGUAUGGCGCGAUGUAGCAAGGCAUAUGCACUGGAAUCCCGAUCUGCAAACACUUGCCGACAAGCAUCUUCGGCGCAUGUUCAACCUCGGAGCAAGCGACGCGAUCCCACCAUUCAUCGGAAUACACAUACGCCACGGCGACUUCUACGACUACUGCAAGUACGCAGACGUCUCGAGGGAGGCAUGCUUCCCGUCCAUGGCCGAGUACAGCGCAGAAGUCCAACGUAUUCGCAAGACGCUCGAGGAGAAGAAGGGCAUCUCGCCGCAACACGUCGUCGUGCUCUCGGACGAGAAGGACGCAGCAUGGUGGGCGGAGAUUCGCGCACAAGGCUGGUUUACUCCUACGUACGACGACGAGCAGGCCAUCGAGAAGUACGGCAAGGUGUGGUACACCGUCUUUCACGAUGCGGUGAUCUUGUCCAGUGGGGUCGGCUUGUUGGGCACACCUGAUUCGACGUACUCGCUACUCGCCGGUCGCAGGGUCAUUGACUGGCAGGGCGGCGUCUACCGUGACAUCAAGUGGGAGGCUCGCGGCAAGGGCGGCAGGGAUAUGCCACUGCCAUAG